AUGAUGAGUGUAGGUCGAGGAAAUAUUACAUUUCGUGAUCGAGUUGAUGCUGGUUGGCAAUUAGCUGCUCAUCCAUUAUUACAAAAAAUUAAAUCUUUACCAUUACAUCUGAAAAAUUCAUUUAUAGUUAUAAGUUUACCACGUGGUGGUACAGUUGUUGGUGAUGAAAUAGCUAAACAACUAAAUAUAACACAUGAUUUAGUUUUUCCAAGAAAAAUUCCAAUUCCUGGACGAUCAGAAUAUGCUAUUGGUGCUGUAUCAGAAUUAGGUCAUGUCAUUUGGAAUGAUCACGCUAGACAAUUCAAUUUAAUUGAUAAACCACAAGUUCAACAAAGUAAAAAUCAACAAAUUCAAGAAGCAAGACGACGAAAACAAAUUUAUCGUGGUCAACGUAAACCAUUGGCAAGUUUAAGUGGAAGAACUGUUAUAUUAGUUGAUGAUGGAUUAGCAACAGGUGCAACCAUGAAAUCGGCUAUUAUGACUUGUCAACAUUUAAAUGCUCAAUCAAUAAUUGUUGCUGUUCCGUGUGGUGCAGCUGAUUGUGUUGAAGAUAUUCGUAGAUUAGUUGAUAAGGUUAUAUGUUUAUCAACGCCUUAUAAUUUUCAUGCUGUUGGACAAUGUUAUAAUUCAUUUCCUCAAACAACUGAUGAAGAAGUUGUUGAAAUUAUGGCGAAAUAUCAAGAUUUGAAUGUUGGAAAUUUUCCGAAUAGCUAUUACUACCAUAUUCAUUAA